CAGCAGUGUCGCCGAGACGACCCUUAUAAACACCUAAUUUCCCCGCCCCGGCCCUCGUUUUCUUCUUUCUCCACACACACACACACACAUUCCUUUGAUCAGUCAUUCCUUUCCAAGAUUGUAAACACGACCUUCGUGUGUCGUGCACUACAUCCCUGAUCAACUGCACACUCCCCUAUAACCUCGGCUUUACCUUCUCUAACUUCAUCUUCUCUGGUGGCUGCCUCACGUCAACAUGAAGGUCUCCACGGUUCUCUCCUCCCUCGCAGCUGCUCAUGCUGCCUUUGCUGCCCCCGCUGUCCAGAAGGCUGCCCGGGCCCAGGUUUCAGGCGAUGCUCCAAAGAUUGACGAUCCCAAGUUCAUCAGCGCCGUCAUGGAUGCCCACUGGUACUGGCGAACUGCCCACUGCGCCCAGCAGCUCAAGUGGGAUCCACAGCUUGCCCAAGCCGCGCUGGACUCGGUUGGUGCUUGCACUAGGAAGAUGAGUCAUGAUCGUGGAGGUAGCAAUCUCUCUGGCGUGGACCCUCCUCCUGACAACUAUGGUAUGUGGAUUGAUUUCGCUCGUUCUGUGGUUCAUGGAUGGCAUGACGAGGAGCCCAAGUACCCGUGGGACAAUCCUCACUAUGAGGACGCCUGGGGCCACUUCGCGCAGGUCGUUUGGCGUGACUCUAGCCAUAUUGGUUGUGCUCUCGCCCACUGCAACAGCCCCCAAGCUGGACGCCUCUACUGCUUCUAUGAGCGGGCCGGCAACAACAUUGCCGCGGGUGAAUUCGCGAAGAACGUCUACCCGCAGAUCUGCCCUCGCCCACACAAGUAAAGGACGGCUUGAACCUCUUCACCGACAAAUAGAGUUUCUAUGGGCAGGUGAUCCCAGCACACGAAACACCGCGGUCGACAAAAGGAGGACACACUGGCACACACUCAUAUGGAGGGACCAGUCACCAGGCGGCUGCGCCCUUUCCUGUGGAUUUCAUUCUUUCAUUUCCCCA